UGUACGCUGUAUUUUAUGUUCGCCGCCAUACGUCACGCAAAGGUCUUUGAGGUUGGACCAGCUGCCGUCAACUGUCAACCUUCAAUUACAACACAUACAGACACACACAUCCAUCCCAGUUUUAUUGUUGAGAUGUCCACCGGCGCAGCGAAUAGUAAUAAUGCUGGAUCGAAAUCCACAAAUACAACAUCUUCAACGUCCAAAGUUCCUGCUAUCGAAAAGUCUAACUCACAGAAUGCCUCAACAGCUACCAUUCUCAAAUCCUAUCGAGAUGUUGUAAAAGACCCCAAAUCUCUUGAUGAGGCUGCAAAUUAUUUGUAUCAAUCUCUACUGGACGAUGCUGUCGUUGGUGUUUUUCUGGAAAUCCAUCAUUUACGCAAGACUGGUAAUUUGACAGCAUUAGAAGGUGUGAAUGAGAAUGACGCAGAAUCUUCUUUUCGUAUUGUUGAUAUGCCAAAUUUUGAUAUUUUCGGCAUUUCGACUGCCAAGAAACCUAUGGACUGCACAUGCCCCAACUGUGAUAGGCCAGUGUCGGCAGCUCGCUUUGCCCCUCACUUGGAAAAGUGCAUGGGUAUGGGUCGCAUUUCGUCGCGAAUAGCUAGCCGUCGUCUGGCAACCAAGGAGAGUAAUAGUGCAAGUUCAUCAUCAUCGUCUACCUACUUGCAAACAAACAAUGCCGGCAGUGAUGAUGAAGAUGACAUUGAUUGGUCAUCCGAAAAGCGUCGCAAAAAGUCCAGCCAAAAUUCUCGCAACAAUGGUUCCAAGAAGAAUAAUGGCAAAACAUUUUGAGCUGAGUCGACGACUUGUCCUUUUCGACUCGACUUAAUUACUCUCCUAUAAAUGCAUAAAAAAUUUAGUCGAUAGUUCUGCUGUAGAAGUAAAAUUCAUUUAAUUACGUUUUAGUUCUAUUUAUGAGAAUGUAUUAUCAUUAUUAUAUGUCUAGUUUUGUAAAUGAUGUAUUCAUUUAAAUUUUUAUAUAUAUACAUUCAUACCUAUACAUAAACUAAUAUUAAGAAAUGGAAAUAUAAUAUAGAUUGCAAACAAA